AUGGGCUCUGUGCAACCGCCUACGAAGCCGUGCCACAACUGCCGUCGGCAGAGGCUCCGAUGUGAUCGGUCGUACCCACACUGCAACAAGUGUGCCGCCUCGGGCAAGGAGUGUCUCGGCUAUGGGAAGCUGUUCCGCUGGACGGGCGCCAUCGCCAGCCGCGGCAAGCUGGCCGGCCGCACGUCGAGCGCGCCUGUAGCGGCUGAGGCCGAGGACGGGAGCGAUAGAUUUGCUGAUGAAGUAGAUGCUGAUAGAGAACUGGAUGCUGAGGCCGGGACAGAGGCCGGGACAGAGGCCGGGACAGAGGUCGGGACAGAGGUCGGGACAGAGCCCCCCAGUCCUUGGGUGCUGGCCGACCCUCUGUUCCAGGAUCUGAACCAGUCUGACCGGUUCUAUCUCAACUACUUCACAACCCGCCUGUGCAAAGACCUAGUGUCCACCGACGGGCCAGAGUGCAAUCCUUUCCGCAGCCUUAUACCGCUAACCCGUGCUCAUCCACUGCUGCAGCACAUCAUCGUCGCGGCCUCGGCGGCUCACAUGUCCAACUUGAUAACCAUGGGUUUGCCAUAUGAUGACAGCGGCCUCGUAGCUGCAAAUCAGAGCGCGGCUUCGAAAAAGGCACUCGACGAUGCGCUGGUCGCCAAGCACACCGCGUUGCGGCUAAUGUCUGCUGCCAUUCAGAACCUCGAUACAAUGAAUGGCGAUGUCGUGCUUGCAGCCUCGCUCUUCUUCAUCAACGUAGAGUUGAUUGAGUCUGGAAAGCAUGGUUGGAGAGCGCAUCUCGAAGGAGCGGCAAAAAUCAUGUCCUUCAUACAGCUCACCCAAGCGUGGGAUAGCUCGUUACGGGACUACCUCCUCUCGGACUGCUUUAUCUACUUUAUCCUCGCCUCGGCAUUUAUGCCAACACGAUACGCCACGUCUUUGAGCUUUGAGUAUUCACAGAUUCCCUUUGUGCUUGGCAAGACGGUUGCGAAUAGCUACUUGUGCUGCCCGCCAGAACUGAUGGAAAUCUUGCACACUGCCUCCCAGCUUUCGAACAACGCAGUUGACGAUCAGCCCAACGAGGAAAUCACUCUGGCUGCUACAGAGCUGGUCAAACGCGCUCAAGCCUAUGACAUCUAUGGGUGGGCUCGCGACACGGCAAAAGUCCUGUCUUUAUCAAAUGAGUCGAUGCAAAGCCGCAUGCACGCAGGAUCAGCUCAUCGCUUGGCUGCUUGUAUAUACAUUUUGCAAGCCGUACCGUCUGUCGGAGAGAGACUCGGCCCAGAAUUUGUGACUUUCCUCACUGAUGAUUUGCUGGCACACCUGAAUAUGAUUCCUGUAGAAGACCCCAACUUCAAGGCCACAACGUGGCCAACCUUUAUCAUUGGUGCAGAGACUAGGAACCCAGAACGACAGAAGCAUAUCAUGGAAAGACUACGGAUAAUGACGACAGUAUGUCCAUGGGGCUUCAUCCAUACCGCCAUGGAGACGCUCCAAGUUAUCUGGAACCUAGCGGCAGAGGAAAGGGGGUCGAAGAGUUGGGUCCAGACGCUCAGAGACCCAGAAAUGAACUUUUUAAUCGUUUGAGAG